CCAAUGUAUAAAGGAACUAAUAGUAAUAAUGAUUAAUCUCUAUAGAAUGGCUUAGCAACAACUAUUAUUAUUAUUACCUGAAAAUCUAUCCUAUCUAACCUUAAUAACUAAUUAAUAGUAGGCUAUUGAUAGUACUAUAUUAUGAUCCAUGGUUAAUAUUAUUUGAAAUAUGUCACAUUUAACCAAAUGUUAUAUUACACUAAUCUGAAUGGAUAUAAAAUUUAUACUUAAAACAAGUACUCAGGGAAAAGGAGAAUAUCUAUUAUCGAUUCUAUAAUGGAUAUCUAUCUAUCUAUCUAUCUAUAUGCAUAAUAAUCAAUAGAUAUAUGGAAAAUUGAUUAUAUUGGAUAUUAAUCUAAAGAAAUACAAACUAAUGGAAAAUGCUUAAUGGACCAACUGUCCUAUUAAAAAAUAGUACAACAUCAUUAUGUAAUCCAGUAAUCAAUAAUUUAUCAUCAAGAUCCUCAUCAUCAUCAUUAACAUUAACAAAGAAUAAUAAUAAUCAUCAUCAUCCUAAUGAUGAUCAUGAUCAAAUUAAAUCUGAUCUAUCUCAAUCAUCAUGUUUACCAACUACAUUAUUUCCUAAUUAUUCAAUACAUUCAAUUCCUAAUCAUCCUAUAUAUACUACUACUACCACUACUACUACUACUACUAAUACUACUACUACUACUACUACUACUACUACUACUACUACUACUAAUAUCAAUUCAUCAUCUAUUAUCUAUGAUAAUACUAUAUUGAAUUAUGAUAAUCAAUUAUCGGAUUCAUUAAAUGAUACUAAUAAUGCAUUAAUAAUGAAUCAAAGUAUCAAUUAUAAAACUAAAUCAUUUGAACAAUUAACAUCAACUAUAAUGAUAAAGAAUGAUGAUAUUAUAACGAUUAGACAAAGAUUACCACCAUUAGGUAAAAGUGAUAGUAGUGAAACAGGUCUACAAAUCAAUAAUAAUAAUAAUAAUAAUAAUAAUAUUGAUAAUGAUAAUGAAACUAAUAAUAGUCUUGUUACUAUGACAACUAAAAUUGUAAUUGAAGCUGAUUCUAAUGAUAAGAAUAAUAGUAAUGACAAUAUUAGUAAAUAUAAAACUAUUGAAGAAGGUUAUAUAAGUAAUGAAGAAAUAGUUAGUGGAAAAAUGUUACAAAAUCAAUCAGAUUCAAUAAAUAUUGAAUAUAAUAAACUAACAAAAUCAACUUUCCCAAUCUCAUCAUAUUCUAGUCUACAUAAUAUUGAUAAUGAUCAAAAUAUGUGCCGUUAUUGUCAUAAUCGAUUACCAAGUUGUACACAUCAAUUAAAUUUACUACAACCUACCACUAUCAAUACUACUUUUAAUAAUAAUCAUAAUAAUAAUCAUAAUAAUAUUAGUAGUAUAAUGGGUAAUCGACAAAAAUCCACAUCAGCUAUACCAUUAUGUUCAACUUAUGAAAUUAGACCAAAUACAACAGGGAAAUUAACAGAGUAUAAACAUGAAUCAUAUAAUCCUUUAUCUAAUAAUGAUCAUUUAUAUUUUUACAAUAAUAUUCAUCAUUAUAAUAAUAUAGAUAAUAGUAAAUUAUUAUUACCAGUAAAUUUCUGUCAUGAUAAUUUACAUAUUAUAACACCAAAUCAAUGUUCAAUUAAUUAUAUAACAAAUGUUCAAUAUUCAUCAUCACAUCAUGUAUAUCAUGAAUUAAAUCAAUCAAAUCUUCCAUAUACUACUUUAAUCCCUACCCCAACCACAACCACCACUACCACCACCACCACCACCACCAUCUCGACCAUCACCACCACCACCACCACCACAACCACUGCUACUAUUACUACUACUACUACUACUACUAUUACCACUAAUAAUAAUAAUAAUAAUAAUAAUGAUAUAAGUAAUAUGAAUGAAAAUAAUCAUGUACAAAACUUAACUUAUCUCCAUAAUAAAACAUUGAAUACUUCAAAUCAUUUAAAUACAUAUUAUGAUAGAAGAAAUUUCACAGGGGAAACACUUUUGUUACAUAGUGACAAUAAUAUUGAUAAUAAUAAUAAUAAUAAUAAUCAUACAAAAUCUUUUAUAAAACCGGAUCGAUCUCAUUCCGAGUCCAUAAGUGGAUCAUUUCAACGCAUAUCAUUAUAUUUUACAAAUGAUACACAUAAUAAUAAUAAUGAUAAUAACAAACAUAGAGAUCAUUUAAUAUUGAAUAGAGAGAAACCACAACAAUUUAAAUCAGUUAUUCGUAAUAGUAUACCAAAUUAUUCUAUAUUACGUGGUACAUUAAAAAAUUAUAUUACUGAAGCAACCUAUAAAUCAAAUAGUAAUCGUAAUAUAAAAACAAUACAUCAUCAACAUACAAUAAGUGUACCAAUUGAUUCAACAAAUACAUGUCAAACAUCAUUAAUACCAAUCAAUAAUAAUAAUAAUAAUAAUAAUAGUAACAACAAUACCAACACCAACAACAAUAACGAUAACAACAACAACAAUAAUAAUAAUAAUAACAACAACAAUAACCAUAGCAACAAUAAUAAAAAUACAAAAAAUACAAAUGAACAUUAUAAUAAAUUAAUUAAUGAUAAACAUAAUGAUGAAAUAAUUAUUGAUAAUAAUGAAUUAUCAACAAUAAGACAUAGUUUAAAUUCAACAAAUAAUACAAAUCAAAUAAUACAAGAUCCAAGAUCAAGAACAUGUUGUUUUUGUUGGUGUUGUUGUUGUUCAUGUUCAUGUAUGCGUGUACGUGCAAAUCUUGGUGAAUCAAAAAGGACAUCUGCAUCGAAUGAUCCACAAUCAACAGUAGAUUGUCAAAUUCCUGAUGAAAAAGUAACAUUAGAAGAAUUAGAGAAAUGGGCAGAAUCAUUUGAUAUAUUAAUGAGAAGUUCAAGUGGUCAGAAAACAUUUCGUGAAUUUCUUCGAUCUGAAUACAGUGAAGAGAAUAUCAUGUUUUGGUUAGCAUGUGAAGAUAUUCGAAAAGAAAGUAAUUUAGAGAUAGUAGAAGAGAAAGCUCGUAUUAUUUAUGAAGAUUUCAUUUCAAUCUUAUCACCACGUGAAGUUAGUCUAGAUUCACGUGUACGUGAAAUAAUCAAUUCUAAUAUGAUAGAACCAACACCUCAUAUAUUUGAUGAAGCUCAAUUACAAAUUUAUACAUUAAUGCAUAGAGAUUCAUAUCCACGUUUUUUAAAUUCUAAAUUAUAUAAAGAUAUGAUUGAAGAAAUAAAAAAUGAACAUAAUUAAUGUUUAUUAAAAAGAAGAAAACAAACAAAAAAGAAAAAAAAACAAACAAACAAAAAAUCCAAAAGUUUUAUUCAAUGUAAUUUGUAUACAGUCACAUUCACAUUUACACUUUCCUACACACACACACACACAAACACACACACACACACGUACAUACAAACGAAACCAGUCAAAUAAGGAGAAAGUGAUUGUAUCCAUCGUAAUUUCCCUCUCCCUCUCUCUCUCUCUCUUUCUGUCUAUUUUUGUUUAUCCUAUGAUAAUGUGAUGAUAAGUUUUCAAUCAAAAUGAAUAUUGAUAAUUGAAAAUUAUAAAGAUAAAUUUAUCUCUAUCAGUUUUAAUUCAUAGUCUCUAUCACUCUAUCCCCCCCUCGCUCUCGCUCUCUCUCUCUUUCUGUUCAGAAUUUUACAAUGAAUUUUGUUUGAUAAACUUUUUCUUUUGUAACUGGUCUAUUUUAAAGAUAAAUUAUUCUGGGUUAUUUUUUUUCUUCUCUUCUCAAUCACUACUGUUACUACUACUACUACUACUACUACUAAUACUACUUAUAUUAAUAUUAGUACUAUUGUGUAAACUGUAUAUAAUUAGGUGUAAUCGUUUGAGUCAAAAUCAAAAUGAUGUCCUCAGUGAAUAAAUUAUUCUGUUAAUAUCAUUAUACUUCUAUCAUUAAUACUACUUAGAAUAUAAGAAAGUUGUAAUUACGGAAAGGCAAUAUGAUAUCAUUUAUAUAUAGAGAGAUAAUAUAGAUAUACUACAAUAUGAUGCCCAAUAUUGGUAAUCUGGCUGCCUGGUGUCAAUUCAUUCCAACAAUGUUGUUUUUUUCUAAAAUCAACAUUGUCCUGUUUAUGAAGUUACACAAACCCACAGACAUACACAUAGUCUCAUCAACUUAAUUAAGAUAUACACAUACACACCCACACAAACACACACACACACGAGCACAUACAGAAAACCAAUAGAUAAUUUCUUUUGUUUUGUUUUGUUUUCUCUUUUUUUUUAAUUAUUGAUGUUGUAAAAAUCAUUCAACACAGGCUGGUUCCUGUAUCUCGUGAUCUUUCAUCAUGUUUGAUUUGAUUUUAUUGUUUCCAUGUAUGUUUGUCUGUUUUUUUUUGUUUUGUUUUAUUCGAGGGGGGGAGGGUGUGUUAUUAUUAUUAUUAUUACGGUAAUGAUUAUGAUGGUGUUGUUCUGUUUAUUUGUUCCUCUUCAGUUUGUUUUGUUGUUUUCUUUUUCCGUAUUAGGAUUACAUUAUUCUAUUUGAAUGAAUUACAUAAUACAGGAGUAAUAUGUAUGACAUAAUGAUGCUGAUUACAGUUUAUUGCUUAUAUUAAUAUAUACAUAUAUACUUUUCCUUAUAUGAAAAUGGUUUAUUUUUUAAUGUUUACAAUUUUGUUCCUUUUUUAUUCAUUCUAAUUCUUUUUUUUUCCUAUUAAAACAACCAACUAAACAAACAAACAAACAAGCAAACAAAAACAAUUGAACAUUGAACUUAUUCAUUAUGAUAAGGUUAAUAGGGUUUAUACAAAAAGAAAAAAGAAAGAUUAGAAAAGAAAAAGACGAGAAAAGGAAUGAAAGAGUAAAGAAAAGAAAGAGAAAGAGAAAAAAGAAAAGAAAGAGUAAAGAAAAGCGAAAACAAAUCAAAGAGUAAAGAAAAGAGAGGAAGAAAGAGAAAAGAAAUAGAAAAUAGAAGAAAGAGUAAAGAGAAGAGAGGUAGAAAAAGAAAAAAGAAAGAGAAAAGAAAAGAAAGAAAAAAGAAAAAUAAAGAAGAAAUGUUUGUUUCAAUCAAUUCUACUGUUAUUAUCAUUCUUAGCUUUGUAUUUACUUCAUAUAUCUAUGAUUGUUUAAUGUGUGCAUCCAUUGAACAAUGGAAAGAUUUGUUUAUACGAAGAAAGAAAGAAAGAAAAGAUAAAAAUAAAUAUAAUCAAUGUUUCAAUUAAACACAAUCAAAAGUGUAUAUCAGUUAUGUAUUUGAAAUAGUUACAUAUAUAUAAUUAAGUAUAUAUUUAUUAUUAUAUCUAUGUAUAUAUAUCAAUACAGAUACGGAUUAACUAAUAGAAGUACCGUUCAGUGAUUAGAUUAAAUCAAUGUAAAAAAUAAUUUCAAAUGUACCAUUAUGAAGAUACUACUUAUGAUACCAUUCAAUGAUUGUUUAUUUUUAUUUUUAUUUUUGUUUUUUUUUGUUUUUGUUUUGUUUUGUUUGUUUGUUUUUCUAAUCAUGUUAACUCGGUCUGAUUUUCUCUUUAUUUCAUCUGAUCUUCUUUUUAUUUUAUUUCUUUUUUUUUAAAAAAUUUUUUCUUUUAUGUUAUUUUUUUGUGUUCAUUUUUGUUUUAUUUCAAUGUUCAAUUAAUCAGAAAUUACAAUUUUCUUCAUUUACACACG